CGUCCAAUUGACAAACUUCUGCAAUUUUAUAUACCUUUCAGUUUCAUUUUACCACGUUAUUUUUCAAAAUUAAUUUCACUCCGUUUAGCUAGAUACGACGAUGUCUCCGUCAAUAAAAUCAACAAUUAAAAACCCGUUGGAGUCAGCAAGUGUCAUCAGCCGGUUAUUCUUUUGGUGGACACUUAAACUGUUCAAAAAAGGAGUCAAAUAUGGAAUAACGAUUAAAGACCUUUAUCCUCCGCUGACAUCUGACAAAUCCAAGACUCUAACAGACUACUUGGGCAGUGCUUGGACUACUGAAUUGACAAAGUCACAAGUCGAUUUAGAAGAUGUCAACAAAGCCAACUCUCUAAAACCAAGUCUACUUCAAGCAAUCGCGAAGACUUUCUGGUUAGAAUUGCUGGUUAUUGGGAUUUCCCAGAUGGUGAUGAAUGUGCUGUUAGUUAACUGGCAACCAGUUUUUCAGAAUUGGAUCAUAGACUAUUUUGAAGUCAACAAUGACCCUCCAACAUCCAAGUCCCAAAAUGAUGCGUUGAUGUACGCUGGAGCGCUUACUGGAUUGACUUUCACGAUGAUUUGCAUAACGCAGCAAUACAUUUACUUUAGCCAGAUUUCAGGAAUGAGAUUCAGGGUCGCCUGCUCUUCGUUAGUCUACAGAAAGGUUUUGAGACUGAGCAAGCCAGUAUUGGAUCAGACGCCAGUUGGCCAGGUGAUCAAUCUUCUGAGUAACGAUGUCAAUCGGUUUGAUCAACUUCCAGUUUACAUUAACUAUCUAUGGAUUUCACCACUUCAGGUAGCGGUGAUUGGGUAUCUCAUCUGGCGCAGUAUUGGGAUCUAUACUUUAGUGGGGUACGGUGUACUCUUACUAAUCACGGUUCCAAUGCAAGGGUACGUUGGAGUAAUGACGGGAAAACUUAGAAACCUAACUGCUAAGUUGACCGAUGGACGGAUUCAGCUGAUGAGUGAACUGAUUUCCGGCAUUCAGGUUAUAAAAAUGUAUGUUUGGGAACAAUCCUUUGACCAGAGUGUCAAACGAAUAAGGUCAGAAGAAUUGGGUCAUGUUCGACGUUCGAACAACUUGAGAGGGUUGUAUUCAAUAUUGUCGGGAGUCACCCAGCGGAUGAUGCUUUUCUUGACACUCGUGACUUUGAUGUACGGUGGAGGCGGGAUAGAUCCGCGGGUCACCUUCCAGCUAGCGAUUUACUUUAAUAUUUUGCAGUUACAUAUGGCUGAUGUAUUUCCGACUGCAAUAGUGUUAUUUAGUCAAACAUUGGUGACCAUUAAGCGGAUUCAGGAAUUCCUUUUGCUGGAAGAGGUCAAAAAAGACAUGAAGGCUUUGGACAUCAGCCCACAGAUGCCUGAAGUUGUUGAAGGUAGCCUAAAUAAUAAAGCCAACCCGGGAGCUGUAAUUGUCAAGCUGGACAAAGUUUCAGCGAAUUGGAAGUUCGGGCAAUUGCCUCCAACGCUGUGUGAUGUCUCACUGAAGAUCAACGGAGGAGAACUUUGUACUCUAGUAGGUCCAGUCGGCUCAGGCAAAAGUUCUUUGCUCAAUGUGCUCCUGCAGGAGCUGCCAGUUGGUGCAGGCACAGUUGAACUCUUCCAGUUUUCUGAUGAAGAGACUGCUGAAUCUCAAUCUAAGUCUGGAUUUUCACAAGACAAUCCAGAGAUGAUAAUAUCAUACGCUAGUCAAGACUCCUGGCUUUUCACGGGCAGUAUCAGAGAAAACAUUCUCUUUGGACAAGAGUACGAUAAAGUGCGUUAUCAAGAGGUAGCGAAAGUUUGUUCUCUACUACAAGACUUCAAGCAACUGCCAGAAGGUGAUCUGACGAUUGUCGGAGAACGAGGAGCUUCCCUUUCUGGCGGUCAGAGAGCGAGAAUCAAUCUGGCCAGAGCUAUUUAUAGACCUGCUGAUUUGUAUCUUCUCGAUGAUCCGCUAAGUGCUGUUGAUACGCGCGUAUCUCGACAACUCUUCCAAGACUGCAUCCUUGGAUACCUUAAAGGCAAGACACGAAUCCUCGUCACUCAUCAGCUCAAUUAUCUCAAACAAGCUGAUUCUAUCAUCGAAAUGGAUCACGGAACUAUCAAACAACAAGGAAGCUAUCAGUUACUCCGGGAUUCAAAAUUCUUGAAGCUACUUGAAAAUGUUAAAAAUGAAACCCAAAGUAUUGAAAAUCCCAAUGGACCUAUCGACGAAAAUGGAAGACCUUUAGAGAAUCAUCACACCGAAUCAGCUACUGGUUCAGAGAAUACAGUUGCUGAUGAAGUUAUAGGUACAGGAUUUAUCUCUAAAGACAUUUACUAUCGUUAUUUUCGAGAAGGAGGAGGAAUCACUGGAGUAAUUCUAUUAGCAGCUCUAUUCAUAAUAACUCAAGUCGCAGCAGUUGGCGUCGAUCAGUGGAUGACUUAUUGGACUACUCUAAAAACUGAUCAGCUUAGCAAUAAAAACAGCAGUGUCAGUCAAGACGUAAAUCAUCAAUCUAAUUUUCUAGUCAACGGUACAAAUUCGUUCUUUGAUUCCAAAGGUUUCUUACUCCCUGAUAUAUUAGUUUACAUUUACUUGGCUCUUUUGAUUACUUUCAUUACAUUGUCGAUGUCGAGAUGCUACUACCUUGUCAAGAUUGGGAUGAGAGCGACUCGACGGUUUCAUGAUCUCAUGUUAACCAAUGUUCUUCAAGCAUCGAUGUACUUCUUCAACACGAAUCCUUCUGGUCGUUUAUUGAAUAGAUUCUCAAAAGAUGUCGGAGUAAUUGAUGAAGUGUUCAUGCCACUCAUACUUCAAGCUUCUUUGACACUCUUUAACGCCGCGGGGACUAUCGUUAAUAUCGUUGUUAUAAAUCCAUGGAUGAUUAUACUCACGGUAGUUGCUGGUUUAGCUUUUUAUUUAAUAACGAUUUGUUAUCUGAUGACAUCUCAAGAUGCAAAGCGCUUAGAAGGAAUAACCAAAAGUCCUAUUUAUACACAUGUAGCUUCAACAUUUAAUGGUUUGACAACAAUCAGAAGUCGGGGCAUGAGCGUGCAAUCUAUGCUCCGAAAUGAAUUCGAUCGAUACCAAGAUAUCAAUUCUGGCGCUUGGUACUUACUGAUAGGAUCUGGGUCUGCGUAUGGUUUCAGUAUUGAUAUAAUUGCAUGCUUUUUUAUAUUCGUUUUAUGUUUUUCGUUAAUACUUAUUGAUCGUGGAAAUAGUAGCGGAGAAUCUGUAGGACUGGCAAUAUCUCAGUCCUUGACUUUGACGAAUACAUUGCAAUGGGGUAUCAAGCAAUCUAUGGAAGUACAAUCUCAAAUGACAGCUGUUGAAAGAGUCAUUCAGUACACUGACUUACCGAAAGAAGGUCCUAUAGAAUCAUUGAAACCGGUGCCUGAGAACUGGCCAUCCAAAGGCCGAAUUCAGUGGAAGAAUGUUUAUCUCAGUUACAAAAAAGAUGAUCCUGCUGUCUUAAAGAACAUUGACCUGAUGAUCGAGCCGGGCUGGAAAGUUGGAGUUGUCGGAAGAACUGGCGCUGGAAAAUCUUCCUUGAUAUCUGCACUCUUUCGACUAGUCGACGAUGGUCUCCAGGGGCAAAUAAUUAUUGACAGUGUAGACACUAAAACAAUCGGGCUUCAAGAUUUACGAUCAAGCAUAUCAAUAAUUCCACAAGAGCCUGUUUUAUUUUCUGAGACACUACGAUACAAUCUUGACCCAUUUGGAAAAUACACCGAUAAAGAAAUCUGGGAUGCUUUGAGGGAAGUUGAAUUGAGUAACUUGGCCCUCGACCAAUGGGUCACCGAAGGCGGAACAAACUUCAGUGUUGGUCAGCGUCAGCUGAUUUGCCUCGCUCGCGCUCUGCUGAGAAACAAUCGGAUCUUGGUUCUCGACGAAGCCACCGCCAAUAUCGACUCUCGGACUGAUGCGUUGAUCCAGCGAGCUAUUCGCUCGAAAUUCGCAGACUGCACAGUUAUAACAAUAGCUCACCGAUUGAAUACAAUUAUCUAUAGCCACAGGAUUCUAGUGAUGGAUAAUGGAUGUGCUGUGGAAUUUGAUACACCGUACGAAUUGCUGAUACAAAAACCGGAAAGUAUAUUCGCAAAAAUGGUCGAACAAACCGGGCCAUCCAUGACUGCAAAAAUUACUGAAAAAGUAACAAAAUUUUAUCAAGAACUCACAUAACUACUAAAUCGACAAAAGAUUAUAUAACAAACAUUAAAAGUACACUUCUCACAAAAAUUAAGGGAGCAAGAAAAAAAUCCAAAUUUUUGGGGAUUUUUCAACAAGCUAUAACUUGAAGAAAAAUGGUGGUACAGCAAAAAAAAGCAGUAGUUCCAAGUGUCAAGUUUCUGGAUCUAAGUUUCAAAAUUUUUCUUUGAGUAAUUUUAAGAACACCACCGAGAAAAAAAAAUUUUCUAAAUUUUUUUAGUUUUUCAAUGAUUUAGACAACGAUGAUGUUGCGAUAUGAGCUUAAGCUUUGUGGCGGGAAGGUACGAAAACGGGCGCAAUUUUAACGUCCGGGGCGAAGCCGAGGACGGAAAUUUACGUUCGUUUUCGUACAUUCGCGUCACAAACUUUAAAGCGAAUAUCGUAAAAAAUUCGUUGUCAAAAUCGCUGCUAAACGGCCAAAUGAAAUAUAAUAUUUUUUGUUAUUAUCACUUCAUAAGUUUAACUUUUGAGAGAUAGGAGGCAAAUAAUGAUAUAUUCAAAUUUUAUGAAGUUUCACAAGGGCAAAAAUACUUAAUUUUAUAUUAAUUAUCUUUUUAUUAAUAUUUAUUUAUGGCGUAGUUGUUAUUCUAUUAAUAUUAAGCCCGCUUUGUAACAAACUGCCAGCAGAGAAAUAAUUAGCGGCACUCAAUAAUAACUAAGUUUAAAUGUACUCAAAAUGAUCGGUUGGUACACUAGAAUUUGAUUUAUUUCAUUUUAAAUUUUAUCCGAUUGCACAACGACAUUACGGAAAAAACGGGGGAAGUAAACUUUGCGGCCUUGGCCGUCGAAAACAGAAGGUAUGGUAUAGUAAUGAGUAUCUCUUUUGAAGUAUUUCUUUUGGACGCCACCCAGCGCUCAAAAGUUGAACUUUUGGAGCGAGUAUGACAAAAAAAAAUUAGGAAAACGGUUGACCCUAAAGGCCAUCCCUGCAACUUCCCGCUAAUUCCGUUAAUACA